CCAAAGCCGCUCGCCACCCGAUCACUAGCGACUCAGGUAGUUCCGAGUGUGAUACGCACCGUGCGUGAUAUUUUCUUCAUGCCAUAUCGUAAUUCGGUAGAAUCGUGAUCAUCGCCAGACUGUAAUGUGUUGUGUAUCCUCACGUGGUUGUGUGUGAUCUUCUUCGUCGGGUAAAAGACGCAAACGACUGUGACGCGGCUCCGUUCGCGUCCAAUCCAUCACCACCACGGCGUCGCCAGCAGACAUGACUCAACACAGCGACGCUUCCAGCGACCACUCCGAGGUGUCCGUGACGCCGCCGCCACCAGUAUCCAAAAUGCUUGAGUUUGCCAGCCAGCAGAACCUUAGUCUCUUCAACCUGGAGCACCGUAACAUGUUGGCGGCCCCGUUGGCUGCGCUUCAUUCAAUGACAGAAAUGAAGCACCAACCACAAGAUAUCAUGCCCGAACACCUGCACACCCAAGAAAAGGCUGAUGGAGAUGUCCUACUGGACCGCACCAGUCUACAUGUAGAACGUGCACGGCUGGCGUCCCGAAGCCCGUUGGGCGCGACGUCUAACAGUAAUAGCUCACAAGGCGCAAACCCACACGGCAUUGAUCACAUACUAUCCCGGCCGUCGCAAGUGACCACGGGACCGUUGCACUUUGCACACAGUAUAGGUUUCUCGCAAAACCAACUGGGAAUGGGAGCGCAUAACACACAGGGGCCAUCGAACGCCGGCCUGCGGGGGUUCAACUUUGCGGCGGCGGCACUCCUGCAUCACCAUGCGGCUAACUCGGUGAACAAGCCGUCGGUGGAGAUCGGACGCUCAGCGAAUUCUUUGUACUGGCCUGGAUUUCAGGGACUCUGUUCCAAUCCUCUCGCAUUUCGUAACGCAAGAAUGACGCAACGUUCCAUUCUGCACGAAUUCGAUUUUGGCAUGAAUCAGAGCGGCAUUGGCCAUUCCGACAAGGAUGCGAAAAAGAAGCACACGCGGCCGACGUUUUCCGGACAGCAAAUUUUUGCGCUGGAGAAAACUUUCGAACAAACCAAAUAUCUCGCCGGACCUGAACGUGCCAAGCUGGCAUAUGCUCUCGGCAUGACAGAAUCACAAGUCAAGGUUUGGUUCCAGAAUAGACGAACAAAGUGGCGAAAAAAGCAUGCCGCCGAGAUGGCCACCGCAAAGCGGAAACAAGAAGUACUGGAUAACCAAACGGACGAAAAUAGUGAUGUAAUAUCGGAUUCGGAGGAUCAUGGCCACUAGUCGGCAAGCUGCUUUAAUGAAAAACAAAAGGACGUGCGUGUGUUUCGCGGUGAGACGUGCGCGUUCUGACAUAAAGACUUGUUGUACAUAUAUGUUACCUACUGCAAUUGAGUGAUCUCAAUGAUACGAUCAUGGGACAUUGGAUAACAAAUUUCAGUUUAUUUGUUUCAAACAAAAAUGAGUAGAAAAUAUGCCUAUAACCUCAAAACUAAAAGACAUAUAACUUAAAUUUGCAGCCAAAACAAUAUAAUUAAUAACCGGCCUUUCGUAUGUCCAGGAAAGAAUUUUACUUCUUGUUUGUAUGUUUUUUGCAACUUGUAAAAAUGUUACAUAAGGUAAAACUUAAAACCUUAUUUAUAUUUUAAUAAUUUAUUGCAAUCUGGACGUACUUAUCGGUGUAACAGAUACUUUGAGAGAACGCGCGUUUGUUUGUUUCGUUUGUUGGAUGAUUGUAUUUCGUACGGUGCCCAUUAUGGAAUGCUUAUAAUUAGGGUUAUAACGCCUAUAGAAGACUAUUAAAAACUCCCUUAUGCGAUCAACUUAUACAAAACGUAAUUCAAGCAAAUUAAACCAACUUAAAACAGAUUUCAAUCUAGAUAACCCUCUGCGUAAGAUUAAUGUAUAACAAAUAUGAUAUGAAAUAUCGAUAUCUAUUAUGCGAGAAGACUUGUAAUUAUUUUAUUUAUAAUUUAUCAUUUACUCAUAAGUACAGACACCUUCCGCUUAUGGAUUGUAGCCGCAGACAGCGUGUCAAAACAUUCCAUGAGAUGGAUUAUUGUAUAAAAACCGUGCAAUCUAUUUAAUAACUAGAGAAUAUCUAUACGUAUAUUAUGCAGAAAGAGAAACAACUUCUUGAAAACAUUCAAAAGUGAAACUGAACUGUUCCCAAAUUAUCAACUGGUGAUGCUGAGAAGGAAAAAGCAACACAUUUGUAGUGUUUUUAUUAGGUAGUAUUGUACAGUUCUUUUAGUACAUGUGAUUUAAAGAUAAACGCAUUGCGUAUGUUUGUAUUGAAUGUAUUGGAUUGCAUACGAGUGCAAAAGCCGAUUUAGUUUGGGAACAUUCCGAUAUCGAUAUGCUUGGGAGCAUUAAAUGUAUUAUAUUGAAGAAUAAAAGAAGACAUUGUAUUUGUAUUUAAAAAUAAACAUGUUCAAGUGAA